GUUUGAAAUGAAAAAUAUAGAGAGAUUUUGAGUCACAUAAAUUUUGAAAUACGUUAUACGCUAAACGUUAAACUGAGCAAGCGCAGUCUCUGAAAAAUAGCGGGUGACAUUCAGCCUCUUUUAGUUUUUGAAGCCAAAACUUGUGAAGGACGUUAUACGCUAAACGUUAAUGAAAAUUUGUGGUUAGGAUUUUGAUUUUGUGUAACUAGUUCAAAUUUUAUGUUGUCUAUUGUUUAUGUUAGCAUCGUAGGUAUUUAUUUGUGUAAUUGUGUACUGCACUUCAUGGAUAACAUUGAAAAUAUAAUAGGACGUCAAAAUGCUGAAAAGAUGUUAAAACGUUAACGGCUAAUAACGUUCCGUUUAUUUCCACAUAAUUAGCGUAGUACGUUACCGCUUAUUAAGCGGACCGGUUAUUUUUUACAAAUAGGUGGCUCAAAAUCUCUCUAAAUGAAUGGGUAACACAUGGGUAAGCAAGCUCUUAGGCUAUGUUCUAAGCUUAAAAUAUACAUGAAAACCUGAAAAAUGUCUGAAGUUGAGUCUAAGGACGAAAGCGAAAGACUGGUCGGAGUUGAAUAUGAAGAGACACCAGCACUAGAGGUGGAAGAUCCUGAUUGUGAGUCUGGGCAUGAUGGAGAAGAGACGGUUGUAGACUUGGGGUUUAGUGUAGGAGAACGAUUUUCCAGUUUCGGAGAAUUCGAUAAGAUAUUCCUAAAAGCAUUUCAAGCCCGUCAUGUUUGUUUUUAUAAAAGCCAGAUUGAAACCAUUCAAUCUGCACAGCGUAGACUUUUCAAGCAUAAUAAGUCAUUGGUCAAUUACAGCUUUAAACCAGAGUUGAAAUAUUACUAUUUGAGAUAUAAAUGCCUUUUCUCAGGUAGAUUUAAAUCCCAAGGAACUGGGGCAUCUGUUACAACUUGUCCAGCCUCAAUUUCAUUAUCUCUAAAAAAAACCACUGACAAUGAACAGUUUCUUGAAGUAAUUAGUGUGGACAACCGUCAUCAUCAUCCUGUGAGCCAAGAGCACAAACCGUCAGAAUAUGGCGGAUUGACAGAUACAGCUACUGAUAACAUAAUUGAAAAGAGAACUACAGAAGACAAAAAUUUUAGAGCAGUUUUAGCAAAAGGUGAACAUAUUGCAAAGCUGGCUUCCGUCAGCGACAAUAAACGAUUUCAUGAAAUACUUAAAAAUCUUGAUGAUUUAAUUCUCUAUUUAAAAUGCGUUGAAAACGAGGUUGAAAAUGAUGAUGAUGAUGAUGAUGAUUAGGUACUGAUGAAGAAAAAAUGGAAUUGGACAAAAAUAAUAAGGAUGAACUAUAACUUAUUGAACCUGACAGUGAAUUAAAUGUAAUCUAUUUGUAGAUUUACAAACUUUUUUUGUAUUGAUACUGAUCAUAUCAGUUGGAAAAUUAGUAUUUCCAAUGAGGGCGGGCUAGCUGAUUGGCCAAAUUUGCCCAUUGACUCUUAUGUGAUAACUCAUGAGCCUACAAAACGUUUUAUGCAACACUCAUGUAAUUGUGUUAAUGAUAAAAGAUGGAAAUAAUAAAAAUUUGAAAUUGCAUUGUCAGAAAUAGUUAUCAACGUUAUAAGGCCGAUAGGUAGCAAAAAACGGCUGGGUUGAAAUUUGUAUCAUCAUAAUCAGCCAAGGCUGUUAUUUGAAGUUAUUGGCCGUGUUUCGUUCUAAAUUUUUCGUUAUACUGCAAAUAUUUUUCAAUCAAAUAAAAAAAAAACACUCUCUCGGCCAAAGGCCGACGGCGUGUUAUUUAUAUUUAAUUGGUCGGCAAAUACAUAACGGCCGGCGGUCAGUUAAAUAUACCUUUUCGAUUUCAAUUUCGCUCAUGUUAUAUUGAGAUAACGGUACACUAUCACGAAAAAAAAAAAAAAACGUGCAGCCUUCUUUAAAUCACACAAUGGAUCUCUACACCGUACUACACGGCAACAAGUCGGUGAUGUGAUAGUAGUUCAGCAGUUCAGCUUAGGUUUCAGACAAGUAAAUAGUAAAUGCGCUUGGCUACUAGACUCUAGGGUUCUAUUUAACCAUCGUCGGAGCGUAACCGGUUCUGAAAUCACGUCACUUUUGCUUAUCGGCCGCGUUUUUGGUAAUCGCCGCUUGCCGCCAUAUUGGUGUGAUACCAUUUCCGACGACAUAACUAAGUAAGUAGUCAGCUAUUUAAACAGCCUACGUCACAACUGGUAUUUUGGCUAGGGGGAUUUGUUACCCGCAGGCCUUAUGAGGAUAGGCCAUCUUGUAGUAGUAGUGUGUAUUAUCCUUGAAUCCAAUCCAGGGCUGGGAUCAUGACAAGAAGAAUUCUACUAAAAUUCUACCAUCAUGAUUGCCUGUACUGUACGCAAUAAAUAGGUCGCGGAUGACGUCAUGGAAGUAGAAUUCCACUCGUCGUGAUCCCAGCCCAGGUGACAUACAAGAUGGCUUGGCGGACACAUAUGGGCCAAAAAACACAAAAAAAUAUUUAGUUUCUGCCUGACUUUAAUAAUUUACGUACUAGUCAACAAAUAUUUUAUUAUAGUUAUUUAUGUAUCAAGGGUACUAAGUAGAUAAUUAUGCCCUGAGGGCGACAGCCUUACAAAGCCGAGGGCCUCUGGCCCGAGGGUUCGUAAGUCGCCCAUGGGUAUACAUCUAUUAGUACCCGUGCCGUGGUGCAUACAAAC